UGCAGGUGCAUUCGUUUUCAUUUCUUGACAUGCUUGGCCUUGGUGGGCUGAGUUUCUUGACAGACUUCGAUGGAGGAGAGCUGCAAGGUAGCCCGAAUUUUGUGAGUUGGAGGACAAUGGAGUGGAGGAGGAAAAAGCGGAACUUGGUGUCUUGGAGAUAAAAGUUUGCUCAGUGUUCAAUUGUGGUGCCUGCUUGAGCUUCUUGGCAUACAUCAAAUGAGCCCAAAGGUUUGUUAAUUUGGUUUGGUAGCCAAGAUCCUGGCUAACUGAUUUUGUGUCAUGUAAUUUUGAGACCUUCUGGCUGGCCUUCACUGGUAGUGAUUCAUUUGACAGUAAAAUUUGAGUCAUUAGGCCAAGUCAUUGAAUAAUAAAUAAAGAAGCAUGGCAGCGCUUGUUGACUCUGGGUUUCCAAAAGCAAGUUCUGGUCAAGCCAACAAAACAUUCUUGGGAUGCCAGAAUGAAUCUCCUAUGGAGCAGGUCAUUGAACCAGAAGAUAAUGUGGACUACUCUUCUAUUAGUUCUCCUCAAGCCCUUGUGAGUCCAGAUGAGGAUCAAUAUGAACUCCUCCUGAAGAAACUGAGAAGCAUGAUGGAUGAGAGUCAAGGAGAGACACUUUUUGAGAUAGGCAUUGCUCUAGAUGGUCAAGACAAUGGUUUAGCAGAAGAGGAGAUGGCUGCUUCAGUUGCAACACUGCAAUCUCUUGCAUUAGCUCUCAAUGCAGACUGUGUGAUGCUACGUGAAAAGAAGUUUGCCAAAGGUUCUUGUAGGCAAUACUUGGUACGAAGAAGAGCAGAUGAGAAAGAUUUCAUGGAAGUCAGGGUUGCAGUUGUUGGCAAUGUGGAUGCUGGGAAGUCAACUCUUCUAGGAGUUUUGACCCAUGGAGAACUAGACAAUGGGAGAGGAUUUGCAAGGCAGAAACUCUUUCGUCAUAAGCAUGAAAUGGAGUCAGGGAGGACGAGCUCAGUUGGAAAUGACAUUCUGGGAUUUGAUAGUCAAGGGGCAGUUGUGAAUAAAUCUGACCAUGGAUCUCUUGACUGGGUACGGAUUUGUGAGAAGUCAUCUAAAGUUAUCACAUUCAUUGACUUGGCGGGACAUGAGAAAUAUCUCAAAACAACAGUCUUUGGGAUGACAGGACAUGCUCCUGAUUUUGGGAUGUUGAUGGUGGGUGCAAAUGCUGGUGUGAUUGGCAUGACAAAAGAGCACCUGGGCCUUGCUCUGGCAUUAAGUGUCCCAGUCUUUGUGGUGGUCACAAAAAUUGAUAUGUGUCCUCCAAAUGUGCUGCAGGAAACAAUGAAACUUCUUGUGAAGAUUCUCAAGUCUGCUGGGUGCCGUAAAGUCCCCAUCAUGGUCAAAUCUACUGAUGAUGUUGUCAUGAGUGCAACAAACUUUGUUUCAGAGCGAUUAUGUCCCAUUUUCCAAGUCUCAAAUGUUACUGGAGAGAACUUGGAUCUAUUAAAAAUGUUCCUGAACUUGCUAAUGACUCGGAUGCCUGGGAACAACAAUGAGCCAGCUGAAUUCCAGAUUGAUGACACCUAUUCUGUUCCUGGUGUGGGGACAGUGGUGUCAGGGACAACGCUGAAGGGGACCAUUAGGUUGAAUGAUGUGCUUCUUCUUGGACCUGAUCCUCUGGGCCACUUCAGGUCCAUCACUGUCAAGAGCAUACAUAGGAAAAGAAUGCCUGUUCGAGAAGUUCGAGGUGGUCAGACAGCCUCCUUUUCACUAAAGAAGAUCAAGAGAUCUGAAAUUCGAAAAGGCAUGGUGAUGGUCUCCCCAGCUGUGAACCCUCAGGCUUGCUGGGAAUUUGAAGGCGAGAUCUUGGUCCUUCAUCAUCCUACCACAAUCAGUCCUAGAUACCAGGCCAUGGUCCAUUGUGGUAGCAUUCGACAAACAGCAUCCAUCCUAAGCAUGACAAAGGAUUGCCUUAGGACUGGAGACAAGGCCACAGUCCGUUUCCGCUUCAUCAAGCACCCUGAAUACAUUAAAGCAGGCCAAAGGCUGGUAUUUCGAGAGGGGAGGACAAAGGCAGUGGGGAAUAUCAUAAAGCUCUGUCCACAUGCAAAUCCAGGUUCUCAGCAGCCCAGGGCAAAACCCAACAAGAUGCAGAAACAGAUGCCUGUUCUGCAAUCAGUUGGAGAAGAAGAAAAUGAUAGUGGUGAAAUGGAGAAGAAGCAGAGCAGGUCAUUGAGGCAGCACAGUUCACUAGCAGUUGGCACGAAGAAGGGUUAUAAACUCUUUUCUCUGAAUUCAGUGGAUAACAUCGAACAAAUCUAUGAGAAUGAAUCAGAGGACAUCUGCAUAGUGGAACGGCUGUUUUCCAGCAGCCUGGUUGCUGUUGUCAGUUUAUCUUCACCACGAAAGCUCAAAGUAUGCCACUUCAAGAAGGGAACAGAAAUCUGCAACUACAGUUAUUCGAAUACAAUUUUGGCUGUUCGGUUAAAUCGCAUGAGGUUGAUUGUCUGUCUGGAGGAAUCUCUCUAUAUUCACAACAUCCGUGACAUGAAAGUCCUGCAUACCAUUCGAGAUACACCUCCGAAUCCACAUGGGCUCUGUGCCUUGUCUAUCAAUAGUGAUAAUUGCUAUCUUGCAUAUCCUGGCUCCAGUCACAUUGGUGAAGUUCAAGUUUUUGAUGCAUUGAACUUGCAAGCAAAGACAAUGAUCCCAGCACAUGAUAGCCCUCUGGCUGCUGUCAACUUCAAUGCCUCUGGGACCAAGUUGGCCACAGCCUCUGAAAAAGGGACAGUGAUUAGAAUCUUCAAUAUCCAGGACAGCACCAAAUUGUUUGAGUUCCGUCGAGGGGUCAAGCGCUGUGUGACCAUUUACAGCCUGUCCUUCAGUUCUGAUUCCUUGUUCCUAUGUGCUUCAAGUAAUACUGAAACUGUGCAUAUCUUCAAGCUUGAGACACCCAAAGACAGCUCUGGUACUGGACAUUCAAGUGCUGAAGAAAGUGGAGGAUCUGGGAGCUGGAUGGAUUAUUUCAGCCGGGCAGUCUCUGUUUCAGCUAGUUACCUCCCAUCUCAGGUCACUGAGGUGUUCAACCAAGGCCGUGACUUUGCCAGUGUACAUUUGCCCUUUCAGGGUUUACGCAACAUUUGCUCGUUGGCUGUGAUACAGAAGAUGCUGAGGCUCCUGGUGGCUUCAGCUGAUGGAUACUUAUAUGUCUAUAAUGUUGACAUUUCCUCAGGUGGGGACUGUGUGUUAGUUAAGCAGCAUAGAUUGGAUGGUAGACCAGACAUGGUUGGAGGCAUGUUUGGAAGCCCUUCCAAGCCAGCUGACAUCCCAAAGUCUGCAGAUUCAGAACGUACGAGGGAGAUUGCAGCUGAGGUGGAAUCACCUCCAAAGGGUCAUCUACGCCUUGAUGAUGAGGGUGAAUUCCCACCCAUGGUGCAAAGGACAGAAUGACCCACAGUGAACUGGAUCUUCUUUGGAGAUUCAUCCUUGCAUUCAAGAGAGAUUGAUGCUCUCACCUCUUCUGUGCCUGAUGAAAAGUCCUUAUUGGACUAUAGUUGACCAAGAGCAACAGUGCAUCUGCAAGUACUGAUUAAGGCCAUACUCUAGUCUCCUAGAGUGAAGGAGGCCUUGAAUGGAUCAGAAUGAGUGAUCUUCCACUCUCAGUCAUGCUCAAGGGUUUGAGGCUGAUUUUUGUAUUGCUUUAGAUUUCUCCUUGUCAUUUUUGGUACACCAUUAUAGUAAAACCCUGUUAACACGUUAGUGGAGUGCCAUGGAACCAUAGAAAACAUUUCACACCACAAUCACAUACCACAAGAGUUCUUGGUAUGAUAUGGAAGGAUUCUUCCAUCCAUUGGCUCUUGCAUUGGAAAGAUGCAGGAACUCUGGCAGAAAGGGUAGGCAUUAGCCUAGACCUGCUAAAGAAGGAGGGAAGCUUUAUGACUGAAGAGAUGUAAUAUUCUCACUGCUGCUUGAUAUUUAGGAAAUGGACAAAUAAUGUCCACCCUUUCAUUGCAACAUGGUAGACGUUUAUUUCUCUUAUCCUUACUUCUCUUCUGCAGACAUAGAAAUACUUCAGCCUGAAUCCCCAUGUUCUGUCUGGAGUCUCCAUCACCCUUGUUGAUAAGAGAUGGAAUAGGUACUGGUCUGCAAAUGUUAUUCAUAGCAAAUGAUUCUUUACUACUAGUUUUGCUGGUGGGAUUAUUUAACAUUUUUUCAAUGGAAGCUAUUUUUGAGGAGGCAGAAUUCUUUUCAGAUUCAUGAGAAUUUUACUACUUGUCUUUUUACUGUGAAGGGGUCU